AUGUCGACAGCCGAAAAGCACGUGAGCAAGCGCGGUUUUCUAAGGUCCCGCCGGUCUCGAAUUAUUCUAGCCGUUGUUGCUUUUAUCGUGAUUCUUGCUGCCAUUAUCCCCGCCGUUGUUGUCACCACCCUACGCAAGAACAGUAUGGGCCCGAAAUCAAAGGUCUUCGUGCCACUCUACGUGUACCCUGCCCCGGGGGCUUGGUCUCCGCUUGAAGAAGUGAUUUCUGCUCAUCCCAAUGUCAAUUUUACCGUCGUAAUCAAUCCAGGAAGUGGCCCAGGCCCCAAUGCCUUGCCUGAUGCAAAUUACACUCAGGAAAUUCCCAAACUUGCUGCCCACGACAAUGUGCGUCUUCUGGGGUACGUCCAUACAACGUAUGCCACGCGCAACAUUUCUCUAGUGCGCAAGGAUGUCGAAACCUACUCGGCAUGGCCGACCGCAUCUUCCAACCCGGAUCUGGCCGUUCAGGGUAUAUUCUUCGAUGAAACACCCCAACAAUACAGUGCCAAUUCCCUGGCAUAUUUGCAAAACCUGACCGAUCUGACCAAGGGUCUGAACGGAUUCGGGUCUGUCCCAUUCGUCGUGCAUAACCCAGGCGGCGUCCCAGACUCGCGCUACCUGUCCACUGCCGACUCGACAGUCGUAUUCGAAGAAACUUACGGCACCUUCCAGGAACGGCAUGGCGCGAAGCUGUUCACGGCUAUACCGGAAAGCAACCGGACCCAGCUUUGUGCCGUCAUCCACUCCGUCCCGAAUACUGUAGAGGGGUCCAAACUACGCGGCCUGGUCAAACAGGUCCGGUCCGUGGCAGAUGAGGUUUUCAUCACCCACCUUAGCUCCGAUUACUAUGCUAGCUUUGGGACGAAGUGGGCCGAGUUCGUCGAUCUGAUGGCGGCGUAG